UACAAAAGCUUUAGCCAGAGCUUUCUUCUUCCAUUAUUUCCAUUAUCUUCCUCUGUCCUCUCUCUCUCUCUCUCUCUCUCUCUCUGCAACUCCCACACUUCAGUUAUAUCUCUUCUUCUUCUUCUCCUCCUCCUCCUCCUCAAAUUUAAACAUUUUUUUUUUUGGUCUGACUAAACAUUUUUGUUUAAUUUCGCAUAAAAUAUAUAUUCAUGGCACUUGAGACUCUCCUUCUCAAGGUGAAGACGGCAAUCUCCCACCGUUUUGAUGCCGUACGGACCUCCCACCACCUGCACCACCCACUCAAACCGGUAAGAAAAUCAAACGUCGGCGUCUUGGCCUUCGAGAUCGCCGGCCUCAUGUCGAAGCUCAUCCACCUCUGGCAGGCACUGUCAGACAAGAACAUGAUCCGCCUCCACAACGAGUCCAUCUCCCUCGAAGGUGUCCGAAAGAUCGUCUCAAACGACGACGCUUUCCUCCUCGCUCUCGCCUGCGCUGAGCUCGUUGAGAAUCUCCGCCUCCUCGCCAACUCAAUCUCCCGACUCAGCACCCAAUGUGAGGACUCCCACCUCCGCUCAUUCGACCGCCUUUUCCUCGAGUUCGCCAACUCCGGCCACGAUCCGUACAAUUGGGUGCUCGGAUUUAAAGAGAUGGACACCAAAAACGUCAAGAAGUUGGAGAGGUAUGUGACGAUCACGUCCAGUCUCCACAGAGAGAUGGACGAGCUCACCGCUCUUGAAAGCGCGCUGGGCAAAGCGUGGAAGUACAACGAGUACGGGACUAAUCAUUCCGCGCCGAUGAUGAGUAGUACUAAAGAGCAAAAGAUCGUCGAUCUUCAGCAGAAGAUCGGCGAUCUUCAGCAGAAGAUCGUGUGGCAGAGAAAUGAGGUGAAGUAUUUGAAGGGCAGAUCAUUGUGGAGCCGAAGCUUCGACACGGUCACUUGGGCUAUGGUGAGGUCGAUUUUCACCGUUCUUGCUAGGACAAAGCUCGUUUUCGGCAUCGGACAAUGCCCGCCAUCAACGUUGCCUCGGAGCCUCUCGGCUUCGGCGACUGUCCAUCCGUCCAACCAAACUGCGUGCCAUUUUGUAUCUGGCCCAUUGAGAUCCCCAAAGCUUGAUAAGGAAGAUAACAUAAAUUCUCUAUACAAGACGUCUGUUGUAAGUACUACACAUCAAGACAAUAAAAGUUCUCUAUGCAGGACGUCUGUUGAUAUGAAAGACAGUGCGGAAGACGCUGGGUUUUUCGAGUCCAACUCAAAGCUCCUGAAGCCACCAUCAAGCACGUUAGGCGCAGCGGCGCUGUCACUACACUACGCCAACUUGAUCAUAGUGAUGGAGAAGAUGAUCAAAUUCCCACAAAUGGUUGGCGUCGACGCGAGGGACGAUCUAUACUCAAUGCUGCCGAGCAGCGUAAGGUCUUCGCUACGCGCCCGGUUGAGAGGUGUCGGGUUUUGCGCAAGUGAUCCGGUGCUAGCUGGCGAGUGGAGGGAGGCCUUGGGGAGGAUCCUAGGGUGGUUGGCGCCGUUGGCGCAUAAUAUGAUAAAGUGGCAAAGCGAGAGGAGCUUCGAGCAACAAAACAUGGUGCCGAAAACAAAUGUGAUGCUUUUGCAAACUUUGUUUUUUGCAAACAAGGACAAGACCGAGGCUGCCAUAACUGAGCUGCUUGUGGGGUUGAAUUAUAUUUGCAGGUUUGAGAGGGAGAUGACGGCUAAGGCAUUGUUUGAAUGCAAUAACUCCAUUAAUGGCUUGCUCAAUUUGCAGAGUUCUAGCUAGUUAGUGAAGGAGAGAGAAGAAGAAUCACACUUUUGUGUUUAUUUUAGUUUAUAUUUUGGAUUUCAAUUUUGAUUUCUGAAAUUUUACCGUUGUUGGUUUUGAUUGAGCUGCGUUUUAGAUCCUCGAGGGUUCCUUUUGGUAUCGAAUUCUCGUUUGUAUAUGAUGAAAUAAAUAGAUAUAAAAUGUAAAUGAUUUGUUCUUGA